UCGCCUAUUGGUCGGCUAAGAUUUCUGUUCGCGUAAAUAUUAUUCAGGAUAAAAGUUCACAGUAUUUACUUUCUGGCAACGUUGAAUCAACAGCACAAAGAGUCGAAACAGGAGAAACAGUGACUAACGGAUAAACUGAAGUGAAGAAAACCUAGACAACUUAGGCCGAGGAUGCGGGCCCUGUUGAUGGUCACGCAAGUUAUGGUCACGCUAGCAGUAGGCUGUGUGGCAACCAGCCCCUCUCCACAACAUCCAGGAGACUGCAAAUUCGACCACAAUACCCUUUGUGGGUGGAAGAAUGCAAACUAUUUCAAGUGGAUAUUAAGAAGAGGCAGAACUUCGAGCUCCAAUACAGGACCAGAUACGGACCACUCUGGAAAAGGAUUCUAUAUCUAUAUCGAAUCUUCAAACCCUAACGUUUACGACAUGAAAGCGAGGCUCGUCAGUCCUCCCCUCGUUGGUCACGUGGCAAUGACGUUCUAUUACCACAUGUAUGGCAGUGGGAUAGAGACUCUAUCUGUGUACAAAAACGGUAGUCAUGGAAACUAUACCAGACUGUGGAGUCGCUAUGGUAACCAAGGGAACCAAUGGAGAUAUGGCUGUGUCCCGCUUAACGAUAGCGGCACUUACGAGAUUUCAUUUGAAGCCAUCACAGGCGGAAACUAUUACGCUGACACCGCGCUUGAUGACAUCAAAUUUAUCAACCAAUCACAGUGCAGCAAUAGCGGUGUCAAUACCGUAGGCCCGUCCUCGUUUGACUGCUCGUUUGACGGUGACUUUUGUGGCUGGAGAGACGUCGCUUAUCUUUUAUUGUCCAGCUUAACAUGGGCAAGGCGUAAGGGACGCUCGAUAUUAAGCUCUGGUCCAAUCACCGAUCACUCAGGAAACGGUUCCUAUCUCCUUGCGACGGCUCCUAAAUGGUCAUCCAGUAUGGCUACACUUAUCAGUCCAAGUACUAGUGGCCAGCGGUGCAUCACGUUUUAUUAUCACUCUCAUCCUUCUGAUGCAAGUCAACAACUGCAGGUAAAGCUGUUUCGCAGGAGGCAACCCGGAUCAACCGAAUCAGUCUUGGUGAAUCUUUUGUAUACAGAGAAAUACGAGUGGCGAUUUGUGGCAGUGAAUCUUUCACACCAUUUUCCAUAUCAAGUUCUUCUAAGAGCGCCUUAUGGCAGUGCCAUAGAUGAGGUCAAGCUGCUAGAUGGCGCAUGUCCUGUUGAACUGGGUGUCCAGACGUCAAUCAAAUUCAACUGCACGUUUGAUGUCACACCAAAUAGCAGUGUCUUGUGCGGCUGGUCCAACAACAGAAAUGACGUUUUUGAUUGGUCGAAGAAAUCCGGGCAAACACCUAGUAGAAAUACGGGUCCCACAGGAGAUCAUACAACAGGUAAAGGCUAUUACAUUUACAUCGAGAGCUCUUAUCCCAGACGAAUGGGCGAUAACGCGGGUCUAAUCAGUCCAUCCCUGACAGGCGCAUGGUGUAUGUCAUUCUACUUCCACAUGUAUGGCGCAGAGAUGGGAGCCCUACUGGUAUAUGUCAAAGACAAAGAGGGCAACCUAAAACCAGUUUGGGCAAUUUCUGGUAAUCAAGGCAACCAGUGGCGACGUCAGGAAGUGUCGCUGUACGGUGAUGGUCCAUAUCAGGUUGUUGUGGAAGGAGUGGUUGGACGAAACUUUAGAAGCGAUGCAUCAAUUGAUGACUUCUCCUUCAGCCCAGGAUUUUGUGAAAGCUCCGGCAGGGUAUGGACAUUUCGUUUGAUGUCUGAUGCGCAAAGAGUGUUCAUCGACAAUCAUAAGAUGCUUCAAACAAACGAGGAGUUUACUUUUGAGGUCCCUGAUCAAGUAAUGAACCAGUCCUUCGCAGUUCAUUUCUACAGCCCCUUGAGUGUGAGUUCCUGGAGGCAAAUUAAACAAGAUAAUCUGAUCGACGACUCUAGAAUCUACCCCAAGCGCAGGAUUGUAUCAAUGUUAAAUGGCACCGGCCCCAGGGUUUACGUGUUCAACGUCUGGUCAGAGAAAAGUCAAAUCAUCACAAUAAACAACUCGUCAUACACACAGUGCUGUAAUGACGUCACUGACAGCUACAUCCAGGCGAUCAGUAUGAACAAAACAAAUUUGUCCAGCAACUCCAAGUGUCCGCCAGGUUGGUACAGAAUUAGAAAUUCAUGCCUGUUCUUCCAGCAAGCCAAUUUUAACUGGGAGUCAGCAUUAGUCAGAUGCCACGGUAUCAACAGUAACGUCGCCUCAUUUCAAUACAAGAAGGAUCUUGACCAAGUCUAUGAUAUUCUGCGUGACCUUAAAACGUACGCAAUGCUGGUUGGCUUAAAAAGUUUUCCACGCUGGAGAUGGGAGAGCGAUAAUAUAACAAUUCUGAAUUCUGUUGAAAGUGAUAUCUUUAAGAAGUGUGGCACGCUCGUCAAGAAGAUUGGAGGACCGUGGGUAAUGUCCGGUGUGCCAUGCAGGAAAAAGCAUCACUUUAUCUGCCAGGACAUAACCGAAACCCAAAACCCGGUCGCCGUAUACCCCUUGGAUGCUGUUUCAAGAGAACAUGAGAUCAGCCCUGACACACCACUACCAAGGGCGGUAGGGUUAAAUAUUGGUAUAUCGCCUGGAGUAAAUUGGCUAGGUACAGCUUAUUAUUUCCGAGGGAUAAGCUCUUCAUACGUGGAGAUACCAAACGAUGGUGGCUUGGAUGUGCGAUACUCUAUAACGAUGCUAGCAUGGGUCUAUCCCGUUAACGACAUUGGACCAAUCAUAGAUUACAGGCAGUCUUCGAAAGGGGUUUAUUUAUGGAUAGUAAGAGGCAGAAUCGUCGCACGAAUGAUGUUUCGAUCCAGCAGUCAACCGGACUUACGACUGGAAACGAAACGAGGGAUGUAUAAGAGAAACCAAUGGAAUUACAUUGGGGCAUCGUAUGAUUAUGAUACAGGAGAAGUACGGAUUUGGAGUGGAAAUAGGACAGUUUUGGUUCAAAAUGCUAGGAAACACCAAGAGUUGUACACGAAUACCAGAGUACGCAUUGGGGCUACAAGAGGCAACAACAACGAAUUCCAAGGCAGAGUGUCUUGUGUGCAGUUUUACGACAAAGCUCUGAACGACAGCCAAAUAGAAGCUCAACGAAAUUUGUGCCAACGGAAAGUUGCCAUUGGUUGCCCUGCUGGGUUCACUCUCCUUCGAGGUCUUUGCCUCCAGCUGCAGAUAAACAAGACACGUUCAUUUGGCGAAGCAGCAAAGGACUGCUCAACACGUGAUGCGAAACUUGCGGCGCUCAUCAAUCAAUAUCAUAGACAAAGAGUCUCUAACUUCCUGUUGCAAACACAACCCAAUCUUAUCUCUCGGUUCUACCUUGGUCUGGUACUAGAAGGAGACGCCAGGUGGCUGGAUGGAACCCCGGUAAACAGUAGUCUGAUGGCAGCAAAUUCAGAAGAGGUGGUGAUUAGAUCGGACAAACUGUGUGGUAUCAUUACCCAAGAAUCACCGCUCCUACAGGUUAUGUCGUGCCGCUCGAUUACAGGAGUUGUUUGCCGUAGAUAUGACGUUAACAUCGCGCAUGCUCGCAAGACGUCCUCAUCUAGAAGUAUCACAGGCUCGGACUCCUCAUACGCAGUUGAUGGAUUGUACUCUACGUGCUUCGCCUCAAAAAAACAGGAGAUGGCACCAUACCUGACAGUGCAGAUGGAUCCGAAUGAAUACCUUUACAAAGUAGAACUAAAGAAAAACGUCGACUGCUGCAAAAGUCACCUGGCAUACAUUACUGCCAUAUCAACUGAUGAAAAGGGAGCCUCAAUUCAAUGCGGGGAACGCCUGCCGUAUGGUGUGCAUCGGAGUUACGUGUUUAUUUGCGAGCGUCUAGUGAAGGCAAAGUACCUGACGAUCAGACUGAGUGGGGGUAACGCAUCACUGGUCAUAUGUGAGACUGUCACUAGGUCUAUAAGUAGCCUCAGUGGUGCUAGAGGGGUGUUGCGUGACGUCUGGUACAACACGGUAUACAAAAGUAAGCAGUCACGCAACUUGAAAGAAAACAAAGUGUUUAACACCACCCCUACUGGAUCCCACGUGAUUCCAGUCCUGGAUGCACCGCAAGUUUCUUUCAAGAAUUACGUGCAGAGGCUUACUACAAUUCUACUGGUUCCGGAAUCAGGGAACUACACUUUCAACAUAAUUUGCGACGACAUGUGCGAGUUAUGGAUCUCAGAUGUGUACGAGCCGGGCAUAGGCCAUAAGCAAAAAGAGAUGGUCCGAAAUCAGCCACUUGCAAAAUCAACGAAGCCUACAGGAAUUGACACAUGGAACAAAUUUCCAAGUCAGACCGCGUCGCCAGUCUUCCUGUACAACUGCUACUUCUACAAAUUUACUGUCUUCAUGGCUCAGGCCUACGGUGACGACUAUCUUAGGGUCGGGAUGACGCUCCCAGACAACGUGACCCAAGAGAGACCCAUAGAAAGAAGCCGGAUGUUCAAUAUAGUACCAGGGAAACGAAUACUUUCAGUUCAUUUUGGCAACAGCAACCAUAUAUCAACAAAGGUCGGAUCUGACAUCAAUAUAAAUGGUACCUUCGAGUUCUGCUGUGAAGGCGUGUUUUGCCCGCCUGCCUUCUUGCAGCUGUCAAUACAUGUGUUUGAUAGGCAUCUGUCUAUAAAUAACAACACUAAUAUGCUGUGCAAAAAGACAAACUUCAUCGUAAAUCAAAACGGCAAUGUCCAGCCUGGUACAUAUCCCGUUGAAGUAGUCUACUCAUUCGUCGGUGAUAACACUACCGAAAAAAAGAAUGAGAUAGGAACACUGAAUCUGCAACCUGUUGUUCUAGCACAUUGUCUCUUCAAGAAGGACUUUUGUGGGUGGAAGAUUUUAAAAAAUAAAGAAAAUAGCGGCUGGAAAAUAAAUAACACACUACAAGAGAAUCAUAUCUACAUCGACGAUCAAGAGCAAGGCAUCCUUAUCAUUCCGAGAAUCCCAUUUCAAGAAUUCCAUACAAAAGUUGGUGUUUGCCUUCAGUUCCGUUAUCGUAUGAGCGGCACUGAGUCCACGAAAGUUGAUGUCUACAGGCUAUCACCCCGAAAAAAACAGCUUGUUUGGGAAAUUCAAGGAUUCCAUGGAAAUUCCUGGAAAACAGGUCAAGUUUCUUGGCAUGCCGAGCCGGAUGUCCAGAUUAUUUUGAAUGGCACGGGUCAUUUGAAUGGGAGCAGGGCAAUCGCCAUCGCUAAUGUCAGCAUCACAACUCGCUCAUGUGCAAUAAAGCCAACCUUCAGCUUCCCAGGUCAUUCCUGUGGCAGCGGCGAGUUCCAGUGUGACAAUGGGAAAUGCAUCAGGAAGAACUUGUAUUGUGACGGAGACUUCGCAUGCGUGGAUGGUUCAGAUGAGACGCGCUGUGAGUGUCCGUCCAACAUGUUCUUGUGUCCAAGUGGCGAGUGCAUAAUGGGCACACAACUAUGUGACGGAAAAAAAGACUGUACUGAUAACACAGACGAAAAGAAUUGCGACAAUUUCUGUAGCGGGGACUUCCAGUGCGUUCAAGGUUCUUGUAUCCCGUUUGCGUCAACCUGCGCCAGCGAUCAAAGUUGUCCGUCCUUCUCUAACAGCCCUGCUAUUUGUGCCCUGUCGCCCGGUUGCUCCUUGGAUAAUCUAGCCUGCACAGUGAACACGGCCAGUGACCCGGAUAUUCAUCGACGCUGCAAGUCACUCAUUAGUCACUGCUAUUUCGAUACUGGAUUCUGUGGACUUGAUCACAGCGCCGAUGAUGACUUCCAUUGGGUAGCUCGGGCUGAUACUACAUUAACUGACAAAACCGGGCCUUUGUUCGAUCAUGACAAAAUGUCUAAAGAAGGUCACUAUGUGUAUAUCGAAGCUUCAGGACGAAAACGGGGUGACAGGGCACGUCUGGUAAGCGGCGAGCUUGAUGCUAAUGAGACCGUGUGCCUACAGUUCUGGUACCACAUGUAUGGCAAGGAUAUUGGACAACUCCGAGUACUAGUCAAAACCAACACGUCAGAGACAGUUGUAUGGCAACAAGAGGGUAACCAUGACAACAUGUGGCUAUUUGCCCAAAGUACUUUGUAUAGUACCGAUACUUACAAGUUUGUAAUAGAGGGUGUGACCACUGGAGGUAUAAGGGGCGACAUUGCAGUGGACGACGUCUCUAUGAUUCUCACCUCCUGUGAGACUAUUACAAAGCAAACCUCGCCUGAUUGCUACUUUGAAGGUGGCAAAUGCGACUGGACAAGUGAAAAGCCGUGGAAGCAGCGAAAAUCUACUGUUCGCAAAGGUGGAUGCAUGUUUUUGGGAUCAUACCAUGCAAUCAGAGGACCGAAGUCCUUAUCGAGCCCCACUAUCAACACUUACUCGUCACACGAGUGGAAAUGUUUACGCUUCUGGUACUAUAUUCAAUCCGUUGACCUUCUCCGUCAGUAUGUUAACCAUUAUACCCCUGAGCUUCAAGUUUACUUCAAGGACAACGCAGAGAAUGAUACAAAGAUUUAUGAUUCGGUUGAUCAACGUUUGAACGAAUGGAUAUUUGUUCAACGACCGAUAGGACAAAGAGUAAAACAGGUCAUAUUCGUAGGAACGGUACCACACGAGCAUUCCUUCGUGCGCGCUGUCUUUGUGGACGACGUGUCAUUUUUAAAGGACACAUGUGGAGAUAUUCCUGCACCACAUUCUCUGUUAGUGGCUAAACAAACUGCUCUUGCUCCAGUACUGAUAAAGAGUUCCAUAACCUUCUGGCUAGAGAGUCCAGCCGUUUUGUACGCAAUUCCAGGAGGAAAACUUCGAGUGAAAGUUUGCUUUAAGUACUGUUCGCUCGGUCUUCCUUGUUCGGGCUGCGGACGGCGUGUGUAUGUAAGCGCAGGCGCUACAAGUGUCUACAUAACCAGUAGCCUUACCCCAGACUGCUUGCCAAAGUGCACUAUAACAGAGGUGACAGUUGGUAAUACUACGAGAGGCUUGCAACAUUUGCAGAUGUCUGAAAUCAUUUUAUGUACCUGCAAAUCAAACAACUAUUCAUCAAACAUCGGAAAAAUAAACAUGAUUGAUCUCUGCCAAAAUUUCGGGCUCGAGGCAGGGACACUCCUCGGAUGGACACGCAUCGGUGGUUCUGCGUUUGACAAUCAGCCAACAUACGGCGACAAUCCUUUCCACAGGGGGGAGGGGAGUGCAGGCCUUGAUGGAAACUGGUGGAUAUCGACUUACGAGGAUAGACCAUCAACCUCGAAGCCCGUAGGUGGUUACCAGGGCAAUGAUCCGGUCGGUAUUCUGAAGUCUCAGACGUUCGUGAUCUUGGGAUCAACUAUAAGUUUCUUGAUUGGAGGUGGCUGUGACAUAGAUGUUGUCCGGGUUGAAUUGGUAGUGGAAGGCAAAGCCGUAAGAAGAGCGACCGGACAAUGCAAGCCUGCAAUGACAAGGACCACCUGGAAUGUCACGCAAUUCAUGACGCGCAAGGCUUUCUUAGUUGUUAUGGAUAUGUCAUCGAGUAGCCAUGGAUACAUCAAUUUUGAUGACUUGCAAGGGAAUAUUGGCUGUUCAGAAAUCAUUCAAAGAUGUGAUAAAUCAUUGCCAUGGUGCGGAUGGCAAACGGAAUCUAGCAGCGACGAGGGCGCAUGGGUAGCACCCUUGGGUGAUGUCAUAAAAAGCUACAACAAGUAUCUGGACAAGUUAGAUGCUGAACUGAACAAGACGUCUAUGUCUGGUUCCCACGACUUUCAAGUCCCAAUUUACGCCGACACUAAUCAGGACCCUAUUAGAAUAGACAUACCAGCUUUACAAACAGAAUACUUCACUCUGUGUUUCUGGCUAAGGACCAUACAUCCUGGCUUCUACAUCGAGUACUCCAUAACCAACUUACACGAUGAUUUGGUACAACUUAACGUCUCAGAUAAAGUUCACAUAAAGGCUUUAACAAAAGCACAUUCAGUUCAGCGAGACCUCGGUGAUAACUCUUGGCACCUGGUUUGUGUGGAGUGGUUUAGGAUGUUACAAGUUAAAUUGUAUAUAGACGGAGAGGAAGAACUGAAUUUUACGAGAGAAGAAUUAUCCAGGAUUACUGGUGAAAGUGGAAAGAUUGUAUUUGGCCACCGCACAUCUGUCAGGGAACUCGAUGCUUUAGGUUACGUUAGCAGCUUAAACGUCUGGUCAAGCCCUCUUUUUUCACGGCGAAUCAAAAGCAUGUCAAUAGGUUGUGGACAAGAAAGGGAGGACUUGGUAUCAUGGCAGGAUAUUGGGAAAAUGCCAAACCUCGAGAAGGCCAAACCAGCUGAGUGUAAAACAAGAAAUGUUGAAGACAGCUUUGUCCUGCUAAGUAAAUUCAAAACUGCCAGUCCAAGAAACCGCAUCCUCUCCGACAUUGCAACAGGCCCAGAGUAUAAACGAUCACUUGAGUCGCCGUACCAGUGCCUCACUUUUCGGUACAUGAUGCGAGGGGACGGCGCGCGAAGCCUGUCGGUAUACCAACAGCUGAAGUCAUCACCCAGUAAACAGCUCAUCUGGACGACGUCUUCGGGCUAUAAGGCCGAAUGGAAUUAUGGGGAGGUCCCAAUAAGCUCCGUAGACUCAUAUAAGAUCUUCUUUGGUGGCGAGGUAGACGAGACGCCAGGCUACGUGGCUUUAACUGGUAUCUCGGUAGUGGAAGGUCUUUGUGAACACCAGCCGUAUGACAGCAAGAAAGAUCUUAAGGAAGUAAUUACCGCUUCAUCGGGUAACCUGACAUCGCCGUACUAUCCUGGAUACUACAUAACGGAUAUCUCGUACACGUGUCAUAUACACGCUCCUCCAGGUCACGUGAUCAGAAUCUAUUUUACUGAUUUCGCACUGGAGGAGCAUGUGACAUACUCUAAGGACAACGUGGUGGUCUACGAUGGAGCAGAUGUGACGUCACUGUUGCUAGGGAGAUACUGCGGUUACGUCUAUCCUCAGUUGAUCCAGUCUGCCUCGAAUGACGUCACGAUUGUGUUCAGUUCUGAUGAAAACUUUGUACAUAGAGGAUUCAGCCUGCACUAUCUAUUUAUUGAGCAGUUGAACCAAGAUAAAAGCUGUCACCAAAAUCAACAAGGGUGCCCGUCCGGCUGUAGAUGUACAGACAUCACUGGACGGCAAUCCUGGGACGAGGAUAGUCGCAUACUUGUCGAAGGAGAAAAACUCCUUGCUAUCCCAAGCCCGCUGCCGAAACAAAGUGCUGCCCUAAUGCUCCAGAGUAAUCGCAUUUCCCAGAUCGGAGAGUACGACAUCACAAGUCUCCCUCAUCUUGUGCACAUAGAUAUUGGUAACAACCUUCUACUUCGUAUUGAUGAUAUGGGACUCACCAAUCUUACUUCUUUGAGUACCUUACGUCUACAUUCAAACUUUCUUCGCAAAGUCCCCCCUAAAGUAUUCAGAAUGUUGAAUAAUCUUCAUGUGCUGGACUUGGGCGAAAACUUGAUCGAGGAUUUCACAUAUGACGUUUUUACUGGAUUGACAAACCUCACUGUACUAAGUCUGCGCUCCAACGAACUUAUUGCCCUUCCACCUCGAGUUUUCAACGACUCAAGAAACCUAAAAUACUUGUAUUUGCAGCAAAACAAGCUUUCGGGGAUUCCAAAUAACGUCUUCUUGCACUUAUCAAAACUACAAAUACUGGACCUCCGUCAAAACAAGUUAACCAAGUUAACAGAUAGUACAUUUCAAGGCUUAGGAUCAUUGGAGAAACUAUAUCUCGGAAAGAACAAGCUUUCUGACGUGUCGCCAAAUGCAUUCAGUGGCCUGCAAAAUCUCAAAUACCUGGAGCUUGACCGCUUCAUCUUGUGCUGCUACGCAGAGAAAGCGAUCUCUGGGCUCGAGUGCGUGUCGCCACGUGAUGGCUUCUCCAGCUGUGAUGACCUCAUGAAGAACAAGGGUCUGCAAGUGGCCGUGUGGGUCCUGGGACUGAUGGCGCUCAUUGGAAACGUCUUUGUAAUCUUUUGGCGCGUGACUGACGGCCAAUCCAAUCAAACUCACUCACUGCUACUUACCAACUUGGCGGUGUCCGACCUGCUGAUGGGUGUGUAUCUCAUGAUUAUCGCCAUCACCGACGCCAAGUGGCAGGGCGAGUACUUCAAGCACGAUGUGACGUGGCGUGCAGGGAUUGGCUGUCAGUUUGCAGGAAUCAUCUCAAUGCUAUCCAGUGAAGUUUCUGUAUUCAUCCUUGCGCUUAUUACCGCUGACAGACUUAUAUGUAUCGUGUUUCCGUUCAAAUUCCGGCGGUUAACAAGGAAAAGAGCGAUGAUUCUUUGUGUUAUCAUCUGGACACUUGGAGCUAUCGCCAGUCUACUUCCGGUUACUGGAAUCUCGUAUUUUUACGACUCGGAUGGGGACUUCGGUUUCUAUGGAAGAUCUGGCGUGUGUCUACCUUUACAACUAUCUAAGAGCCGUCCUGCAGGCUGGGAGUAUUCCGUCGCUUUUUUCAUCGGCCUUAAUUCAAUUGCGUUUAUAUUCAUACUCGUUGCCUAUAUGACUAUGUUCUGGACAGUAAAACGAGUGUCCGGUGCUGUCCGAUCUACCUCUAUGAACAAAGAAUCGGCCAUGGCAAAAAAGCUGAUUUUUAUCAUCUCGACGGAUUUUUGCUGCUGGAUGCCAGUCAUCGUAAUAGGGAUCCUAUCGCUGACCGGAGCCUUUUACGACCCAAACAAACAGGUAUACGCAUGGAUUGCUGUUUUUGUACUUCCGGUCAACUCAAGUAUCAACCCAAUUUUGUAUACAUUUUCUACAACACAUGUCCGGAAGCGACUCAGCGUUAGGCGGAAGGGGUUUACUCACCUCAUUUCCGGUACUCUGUCAAUGGAUGGAAUUCGAGGGCGAGCUCGGCUUGACAGGUCUUCCUUAGCCAGAGAGGAAGUGACGGAAAUGAGUUGUAUUGCCCCCGUCCCCGCGUCAAAGACACGGCCGCAACUAAGCACAGCCGCUAAGAGUUGCGGUAAAAUUCGUUUGAUUGAAGUGCCGGAUAUUCUACAGGAUGACAUUUUGGCUGACGUGGGCUACUUCACCUCGAUGAUAGAGUCACGUGACAGCCUUGGAAUGCAUCUGAUCAAACACUUCAGCAAAGCUACACGUGCGCAAUGGGCGCAGGAAGUCGACAUUGCCACAACCCUUCAAUAUCAUUGCGGUCACCCCAACUUACUCAGUUAUCGGUGGCACUCUUAUGUGAAAAACCAAGAUAUCAAUCACGGCAAACUAAAACAUCUGGAACUGAAAGGAAGUAGUAUGCUUAUUUGUUACGAGUUCGUCUCCAGUACCACUCUUGAGGAGUUUCUCAGUCAGUGCUCGACUUCAGCUCUAAAUUUCGACACCGUAUGCGCACUGGCCAUUGACGUCAUAAGCGCUAUCGAGUUUCUGGAGACUCAUGGGAUAUCCCACAAUAACGUUAGUCCACGUAACGUGUUGAUUGGUCAAGCGGACAAGAUACCUCCAGUAUGUGCGGUUCUGGCGGGUUAUUCACGCGCCACCAUCAGUCUUCUUCCAAAUGCGGCCUAUAUCAAUGACGGCUAUGAUGACGAAAACAAUGACGUAAAGCAAUUUGGUCAGUUACUCGCAGUGUUGUUAGGGCACUGUAAUGGCUCCAGCGAGUACUUAGAGAUACAUGAGGUUAUGAGCCAGUGUUUCGAUGAAAACAGCCCACCUGCCUCGGUCAUACGACAUAAGCUGGAAGAGCUCUACUCCACACAAGGAGUGUGGGACACAUUCCUGUAACUCGGACUUUUUAAACUGAACAAUGAAUUGUUAACCUUGUGAAAGCAACAUCUAAACUUCUCGGGUGUACUUUUGGCAAAGAGUGUGGGACACAUUUCCUGUAACUCUUGUAUAUAUUAUAUCUAAAUAAUUGUUAGGGGGAAAGAAUACCUUACUUUUUAUCCUCAAUUGUGUGAACUUCUUGAAAAAACAAGCUGGUAUUGACCUCUGUUUACUGGGAUAAGGAGACAAUAAUCAAGCCACGAUUGAACGAUAAGGUUAUAAAACCCGAAGCCGAAAUUAAACCCAAUAUAUAAUAAAGCAGGAAAAAAACAUGUACAAAUCAUUGUUAAAUGUUAUAACAACAACAAAAAAUAUUAUUACAACACAAUAACUGGAACUUUUAUCAACGGCUCCUUAAUUAUCAUUAUCUAUAUCAAUUUAUGAUAAUAUAUUUAAGAUUAAAUAAAUACUUUUACAGCCAAAUUCGUUGUUGCGCGACCUCGGCGAAUCAAAAAUCCUUGUCUCGUUUGGGAAUAGCGCGUAGUCAGACACAAGCUUUGGGGGCGGUUGUCUGGUUUUGAUUGUUUGGUUUGAUUGACUACGCGCUAUUCCCACACGGAGAAAGGAAUUUUCGAUCCUGGGAGGUAGCGCAACAACGAAUUUGGCUAUAAAGGACAUAACCAUUAUAGCUGUUAUAAAUACCUUUAUAUAUCGUAACCAUUAUAGUUGUUUACAAUAUUUCAUUUCAGCUCUGUUUGGAACACGUAGCCAGUCCUCAAGAAUCAUACUUUAACCAAAUCCUUUAAAAUUAAUACUAAACCUCUAACUUCUAACCUCUCGCUUCUAUCAAAUGCGUCCCGCAGUAUAUAGGGCAUGUAACUUCUAGUCUUUAACCAACACAAUUAGGUCAAACCACCCCCCCCCCCCCCCUACUUGCCUUUGUAUUAUUUCCUAUGUAUCAAAUAAAACCGCUACACUGAAUACAAGCUUUUGCCAUUUCAUAUCUAUCAUAGCUUAACAUAGUUAUGUUGAAUGCUAAUAAUUUCUGUUUGUCUGUUGGGGGAUGUAGGGAAUGCGAGGAAGGGGGGGGGGGGGGGUAGUAAUUAAAAUUAUAUCAUAUGUAAAAAAACACACAUAUAUAGAACACAUACUAUGUAAAAAAGGUAUGUUGCAAUAAAAAAAAUCUGUUGGUCCUUAAA